CCUUGGCCCCCCCUCCCUGGCGCUUCCUAGUCGGUCGGAACCUUCGCGGAGGGGGGAGGCCUCGCGCGGGCUUUUCAUGGAAGAGAUGUCCGGAGAAACCGUGGUGAGCACAGCAGUGCCGGCAGCCGCCACCCGCACCACCUCCUUCAAAGGCGCCAGUCCGAGCUCCAAGUAUGUGAAGCUGAACAUUGGCGGGGCCCUCUACUACACCACCAUGCAGACCCUGACCAAGCAGGACACCAUGCUGAAGGCCAUGUUCAGCGGCCGGAUGGAGGUUCUCACGGACAGCGAAGGCUGGAUUUUGAUAGACCGCUGCGGCAAGCAUUUCGGAACCAUCUUGAACUACCUGCGCGACGGUGCCGUGCCACUCCCGGAGAGCCGGCGGGAGAUCGAAGAGCUGUUGGCGGAGGCAAAGUAUUACCUGGUGCAGGGCCUGGUGGACGAGUGCCAGGCCGCCCUACAGCAGAACAAAGACGUCUACGAGCCCUUCUGCAAAGUGCCCAUCAUCACGUCCUCCAAAGAAGAGCAGAAACUGAUUGCGACGUCCAUCAAGCCGGCGGUCAAGUUGCUGUACAACCGAAGCAACAACAAGUAUUCCUACACCAGCAAUUCCGACGACAACAUGCUGAAAAACAUUGAGCUCUUUGACAAGCUGUCGCUGCGGUUCAACGGGCGGGUCCUCUUCAUCAAGGACGUCAUCGGGGACGAGAUCUGCUGCUGGUCUUUCUACGGGCAGGGGCGCAAGAUCGCGGAAGUCUGCUGCACCUCCAUCGUGUACGCCACCGAGAAGAAGCAGACCAAGGUUGAGUUCCCAGAAGCCCGGAUUUACGAGGAGACGUUGAACAUCCUGCUUUACGAAGCCCAGGACGGGCGAGGGCCGGACAACGCGCUGCUGGAGGCCACUGGGGGGGCCGCCGGCCGCUCCCACCACCUGGAGGAGGACGAGGAGCGAGAGCGCAUCGAUCGGGUCCGCAGGAUUCACAUCAAGCGCCCAGACGACCGGGCUCACCUCCACCAGUGAAGGCGGCCCCGCUCGGCUCCGGGUCCAGAAAUCUCCGUCCAGCCUCCUAACUUAUAUCCCGCGAGACCCUCUCAACUGUUACUUUAAAAAACGAGUUUUAAGAGUAUUUGACAAAGUAGUUCUGUCGUUAAAGUCCAGGAGGUGUCCAGCCUCCCUGCGGCCCUGAGGUUCCAGUCAACACUUCUUAAAAUCCAGCUGGCUUCACCUCGGAGAAAGGAGGCGUCCCUGUCUGGUGCUCGACAGCUGGGUUCUACGGAGGUGCUGCUGCUGCUGAUUCGCCCGGCAGUCCAGUGUUCGAGGAGGAGGGGGCCGCUCUGCUGCAGACCGAGACUACCCUCUCUUCCAAAAAGGUUUCGUGUAAGAAAGGAAGGGCGUCUUACUCUGAUGAAAUCUGCGGCAGACUCUGGCUUCUUUGCUUGACGCGAGAGCCAUGUUUCCCUUUCCUUGGAGUCAAGCCCAGUCGAGUUCUUCUCCUUUGGGGUGCUGGAUUUCUUCUAAUAGAAGGGUCAGGAGCCGGGGAGUGGUCAAGGUUUGUUUCAGCGAAGAAGCCAGCGGGCCUCAGCCACAAGGGCUUGAGAAAGCCGCAGCUCUGCCCAACUCUCAACUUUCCUCGCUUCUCUUUCUCCUCCUAUUUCCCAUUUGGGGGGGGUCCCCACGUGACCCCCACCACGUUGCCUUAAGCCCUCCCCUCUCCACCCGCUAACCGUCGGCCGAAUCUCCUGCCGUGUGCUUGUGUGUGUCUGUGUCCAUCUGAGGGACGCUGUUUCCUAUUCUAGGCAGACUUAAAAUUAUCCAGUUUGCCACACGCAGCUGCAGUCAGGCAAGCCCUGCUCAUUUCGGCGGUGGCAGCAGCCCAUGUCUUGAGAGCCAGUGUGGUGUCGUGGUGAAGUGCGUGGACUUGAA